AUGUCAGCAGAUCAACAAACAGCUAUUCUUUUAGACGAUAAAGUCUUGGUCAAAGCUAUGACAUCUGAUUUACAAUUCGUUGAAGGAAAUUGGUAUUUCAAAGAAUCAGCUUUGAUCGAUAGAGAACGGUACGAAGAAAGUAAAACUCACACUCAUUGUCCAUGGAAAGGUGACGCAAGUUACUUUAACUACAAGAAAGAUGAUGGUUCAAUGAUCAACGAUAUAGCUUGGUUUUACCCCAAGCCUAAAUCAGAAGCUAUCGACAAGGUAGGAGGCAGAGUAGCAUUUUACGUUGGUAAGAUCGAUGGAUUGAAAGUAGGAGUACCUCCUAUCUAA